AUGGAAUCUUCAUCGGGAGCGGUAGCUGUCUAUUGCGCAUCUUCGGUCGGAAAGCAGGCAGCAUACGUCCACGCAGCCAGAUCUCUUGGCGCGGCCAUCGCUGCAUCCGGAAGACCCCUCGUGUACGGUGGCGGGUCGCAAGGGAUCAUGGGCGAAGUAUCCCAAGCUGUGCUGAAAGCCGGCGGAGACGUCAUUGGUGUCGUGCCACAAGCAAUGGUCUUGUCUGGCGGUGAAGUAGAUAUCACGAAAGGCCUGAGAGGCCCUACUGUCGCACUGAAGGAAGUGGGACGGGAGAAGGUUCAGACAAUUGUUGUGAACUCUAUGCACGAGAGGAAGCUCGAGAUGGCCAAGAGAUCAUCCGGCUUCAUUGCUCUACCAGGAGGGUACGGAACAUUUGAGGAGGUCCUUGAGGUCGUGUGCUGGUCACAUUUAGGAAUCCAUGCGAAGCCCAUCAUCAUCCUCAACGUUCUUGGCUAUUAUAAUGCUCUUCGCGAACUUAUUAGGAACGGCGUCGCAGAAGGCUUCAUACCUCCCAAGAAUGAAAACCUCAUUGUUUUCGUUGAUGGACCCUCGGCCCGCGAGGCACAUGAUACUUUCGAAUGGGGGGAGGCCGCCAUAGAAGCAUUAGAUUCGUGGAAGCGUCCCGAGCAGACUCAUUUCUACAACUGGACGACGCGCAAGGAUGGCAAGACUAGCGCAGACCCUCUAGACGCCAUAUGA